GACAGCGGAAGCGGCUUUGGCUGAUGCCACCAUCACACAGACCCUUCCGGACGGAGCAAAAUGGAAUUCUAACUCGUCCGAGCGCCUUUUUUCCUCGCUCGUCAUACCUCUGUUCGCCCAACACAGACCGACACCGCAAAGCGCUGAGCUCACACUCCCCCGCACAAUGUCCAACCCAAAGUCAUCAUGGAUGAGGGAGAUUUACGUCGGAGGUCUCAUGUCUGGGACCAAGCCACUGACGACGGAUUACGAAAAGCUGAGGGAGCAGGCCAAGGAAAAGUUGGACCCGCGAGCUUAUGCUUAUGUGGCCGGGAGCGCCGGAUAUGAAAAGACGGAAAAGUCCAAUAGGCGAGCGCUGGAUUCGUAUCAGAUCGUGCCACGCAUGCUUGCUGGCGUCGAUAUCAACGAAUUCUCGUCUCAAGUCACUCUCUUUGGUAAGAAGUUCCCAACACCCCUCGUCAUCUCACCCAUCGGGGUGCAGGGGCAGCUGCAUACCGAUAGCGACGUAGCCACCGCUUCGGCGUCCAAGGAGCUUGGCGUCCCUUUUACACUGAGCAGCGCUACCAGCACCCCCAUCGAAAAGGUCAGCGAAGGGGCAGAUUAUGGCGAGGAGAGUGAGGAAGGGCAAGAAGCAUGGUUUCAGCUGUACUGGCCCAAUGACGACGACGUCACGAAGAGUCUGCUGACACGCGCCAAAAAGGCGGGAUACAAGGUCCUAGUGGUCACGCUUGACACUUGGUCUUUGGGAUGGAGGCCGAGAGAUCUCGACGAGGCCUACAAUCCAUUCUUGAAAGGCGAAGGUGUGGCCAAUUGCUUCUCGGAUCCAGUCUUUGUUGAGAAGUUCUGCGAGGGCAAGUCGCCUUUGCGCAAAGAUCGGACAGAAGAUGAUGUGACGCAGGCAUCGAUUGCAGCCAUUGGUCUCCUGACGCCCGGCAUCAGCCGCAGCUGGUCGGACUUGGCCUUGCUUCGCGAAAUCUGGGGUGACGAUCCGAUCGUCUUGAAAGGCAUCCAGACCGUUGGAGAUGCAGAGCGUGCCGUCGAAGCGGGCAUGGAUGGCGUCUGGGUAUCCAAUCACGGAGGUAGACAAGUGGACGGAGCCAUCGGAUCGUUGCAAGCGUUAAAACCGAUCGCGCAGUAUCUCCGCAGACACGCAAAGACGGUCAUCUUCGAUUCUGGGGUCCGCAACGGCUCCGACGUGAUCAAAGCACUAGCGCUCGGCGCCCAUGCGGUAGGAAUCGGUCGGCCGUACGCUUGGGGUCUCGCAGUCGAUGGACAAGACGGCGUGUCUAGCGUACUCAAAUCCAUCUUGGCAGACUUUGAACUUACAGCUGCUCUUGCCGGUCAUCGCUCCGUCGACGACAUUACGGAGCAGUCGGUCAUCAAGGCAGGCGAGGAGUCGCGCUUGUAGCGUCUGAGCGAGUCGCCCUUCUCGCGCGCCGUCGCCUCUUCCAUGCUGCCAUCUGCUGUACUUGCUGCUGGCGCUCCCCGCCCAACGAAGGAGCUGCUCAUGUUCACUUAUGCGCUUGUCCAAACUUGUAGUGCGGUAGGCAUGCCAAAGGUGCGAGUGCUUUGUGGGAAUGUGAAACGAU